ACUCUCUGUUCAUAGAUUAGUAGCCGUGUAGGCUUAAUCGACAUAUCCCAUUUCAGGUUUUAAACCCAAACACGGAAAUUUUCAAUUACUUGUCUCACCGAUUUGCCGGUUCUUGCCCGUCCUUUUCUCACGUCUCCUCCACCUUUGGCUGUUUUUUCCUCCCUUUGUCAGCAUUGUUCCACUCUCCUGUAGAAAUGGUAGAAAGUCGACGACUGUAAUCGCAGAUAUUUUCUGAAAUCCGCAGCUCAAAUUACCGAGAAAGUUUCAAAAUUCACCACUUCACGAAAAAGUGCGAAAACCUGACGGAAAAUUUUCCCUUUACAGAGGCCAAGUACAAAGAUUACCAGCUUCGCGUGGCUUCUUAGUUGUUCUUAUUAUUACUUUACUUAAUUUUUUUAAAAAAAUAAUAAUAAGGAAAGAGCGAGGAUCCAUCGGUUGGCCUGGUUGGAAGCUGAAGAAUAGUAGGUUGCUGCAGAGCGCAGGGUUACUUUUUAAGAGUGCAGACCCUAUUUUCAACCUUGGGUCGAAGUUGCUGAAAGUGAUACGUACCUCCAACUCUGCGUAUUUAAUCGUGAAGUUGCGAAGCUUUUAGAGAUUCUCUCUGGGUUAGGGUUUGUGGGUUCAGUGCAGAAACCCCCAAUUCAUAAAAUAAUAAUCAAAGCAAGUUUUCUGCGUCUAUUAGAGUGAAAUUUGAACUGCGAGUGAAGUGGGUAUUUCAGAGUUCAAGGGCUUCGGCAUUCUGGGAAACUAUUGGGUACAUGAAAAAAUAAUUAUAUAAUUUGUCUGUAUUGGGGAAAUUCAGUCCAAGAGCCAGCUCCUUUUCCUGCUGCUGCUACUGCUACUGCUACUGCUGGCUGCUGUUGCUUCCUAGAUUUUUAUUUAUUAGUAUAUGGGAAGCUCACUGUGGCAUUAAGCUGCACUUCCAAUUGUUACUUUUGUCUCAGCAAGAAAUACCAUUUUCCUUACAAGAGAUAAAGUAAACUCUUUGUCUCUGUGCUUCAAAUUCACACUCCCUCUGUAGUUGUGUCACUCCACCCUCCUCGGUCUCAGAUUGUAAUCCAAGAUUUGGAGAGAGCCUAGUUCAUUGCUGGAGAGAUGACGGCAGCUGUGCUAGUGGCUAUUGCGGCGACAGUUGGUAACUUUCUGCAAGGAUGGGAUAAUGCUACGAUUGCUGGGGCCAUUGUUUACAUAAAGAAGGACCUUGAGUUAGAAACUACUGUGGAAGGGAUUGUUGUGGCCAUGUCACUUAUUGGAGCCAUAAUUAUAACUACAUGCUCAGGAGCUAUAUCAGAUUGGAUCGGUCGGCGGCCAAUGCUAAUAAUCUCUUCUGUUCUCUAUUUCAUCAGUGGUUUGGUUAUGUUAUGGUCACCCAAUGUUUAUGUGCUACUUAUAGCACGGCUAUUAGAUGGAUUUGGGAUUGGUCUAGCUGUGACUCUAGUCCCACUUUAUAUCUCCGAAACAGCCCCAUCCGAUAUUAGAGGAUCCUUAAAUACUCUUCCGCAGUUCACAGGGUCUGGUGGCAUGUUUUUAGCCUACUGCAUGGUUUUUGGGAUGUCUCUGAUGUCCUCACCGAGCUGGAGGUUGAUGCUUGGGGUUCUUUCAAUCCCCUCUCUUAUCUAUUUUGCAUUAACAGUAUUUUUCCUGCCUGAAUCUCCAAGGUGGCUUGUGAGUAAGGGAAGGAUGCUUGAGGCAAAACAUGUUUUACAAAGAUUGCGUGGCAGAGAAGACGUUUCAGGUGAGAUGGCUUUGCUGGUUGAGGGUCUUCGAGUUGGGGGUGAAACAUCUAUAGAAGAAUACAUAAUUGGCCCAGCUGACCAACUUACUGAUGAUCAGGAACAAACUGCUGACAAAGACCAAAUUAAGUUAUAUGGACCUGAACAGGGCCUCUCCUGGGUUGCCAAACCUGUCAGUGGACAGAGUUCUCUUGGUCUCGUAUCUCGCCAUGGAAGCUUGGCAAACCAAAGUGUGCCUCUUAUGGAUCCUCUUGUGACCCUUUUUGGCAGUGUCCAUGAAAAGCUCCCGGAGACGGGGAGUAUGCGAAGCAUGCUUUUUCCCAAUUUUGGCAGCAUGGUCAGUACAGCUGAUCCACAGGCUAAAAAUGAACAGUGGGAUGAAGAGAGCCUACAGAGGGAUGGUGAAGGGUAUGCAUCAGAUGCUGCUGGUGGAGAUUCUGAUGAUAAUUUGCAUAGCCCCUUAAUUUCACGUCAGACAACGAGCUUGGAAAAGGACAUGGUUCCCCCUGCAACCCAUGGCAGUGUUCUAAGCAUGAGACACCAUAGCAGUCUUAUGCAAGUAAAGGAUGGAGAACCUGCCAGCAGACUGGGCAUAGGAGGCGGCUGGAUGUUGGCAUGGAAAUGGUCUGAGAGAGAAGGAGAAGAUGAAAAGAAGGAAGGAGGGUUUAAAAGGAUAUAUUUGCACGAAGAGGGAUUUCCAGGAUCUCGACGUGGGUCUCUAGUUUCACUUCCUGGUGGCGAUAUUCCUGCAGAAGGUGAGUUUGUCCAGGCUGCGGCUCUAGUAAGCCAGCCUGCUCUUUAUUCCAAGGAGCUUUUGGAUCAGCAUCCAGUUGGACCUGCAAUGGUUCACCCCUCAGAAACUACUUCGAAGGGGCCAAUUUGGGUACUUCUUUCUUGACCAGGGUUAAGCAGGCGUUGUGUUAGGGAUGUGUGGAGAUUAGAUAAUUCAGAGGUAAAUGUACUGAAAAACGUUACAUUUCAUCAUGACCUUUAUUUUUGUGCUUUUGUAGAAUCUAUUCACAAUGAAAGAAUAUGAUUAGCAUUAUUUUACCAACCCAUGCAUGUUGGUAAGUUGGCUUUCUUUUUAAGAUCUCCUCUUUGAAGAUCCUUUCUCCUAUCUCGUGAUGGAGUAAACCUACUUUUGAUACUCUAGAUUUGGUGCAUAUCCUGGCAUUUGUUUGCAUGAUAAACUUAAUAUCGAUAACAGUUCGGCAACAGUAAAGGUAAAGGAUAAAGAUUUGAUGGUUAAUUAAUGCUGCACCUUUCAUUAUUUUAUUUUUUUAGUUUUUGUUUCGGAAUCUUAUUUAAAAACCCAAAAUCAGACCCUAUGGAUCUUGAAAAAUUACUUGGGUCAGAACCGCUGUUGGGUUAAGAUAGUUCUAUUUUAACUAAUGGAUUCAAAUGAGUUGUAGUUAGUUUCAGGGUUGCCUGUUAUUGUUAUGAAGUUUAGGCUAGUUAUUGCAGUGUUCCAUCUGCAAUGCAUCUUCUGCGUAACCUUAAUUUGUUUGUGCAGUUUUCUGGAAUAAAUGGGGUACUCUACUACACUCCCCAAAUUCUUGAGGAGGCAGGCGUUGAAGUUCUUCUUUCGGGCAUUGGUCUUGGUACAGAAUCUGCAUCUUUUCUCAUUAGUGCCUUCACAACCUUGUUGAUGCUGCCGUGCAUAGGUCUUGCAAUAAAGCUCAUGGAUAUCACCGGCAGAAGGCGGCUGCUGCUGGUUACACUUCCCAUCUUGAUUGUGUCACUCAUCAUCCUCGUCAUAGGCAACGUCGCAGACUUUGGUACAGUUGCCCACGCGGUGAUCUCCACCAUCUGCGUCGUGGUCUACUUCUGCUGCUUCGUGAUGGCGUACGGGCCAAUACCCAACAUCCUCUGCUCAGAGAUCUUCCCCACACGGAUUCGUGGCCUUUGCAUAGCCAUUUGUUCUCUGCUAUACUGGAUCGGCGACAUCAUUGUUACAUACACACUUCCUGUGUUGCUCUCUUCAAUUGGCCUCGCAGGUAUCUUUGGAAUCUAUGCAGUUUUUUGCGUCAUAUCAUGGGUCUUUGUCUUCUUGAAGGUUCCCGAAACCAAAGGCAUGCCACUUGAGGUCAUUACAGAGUUCUUUGCUGUUGGUGCAAAGCAGGCUGCUGCUGCCAAGAGUGAGUGAAUGAAAAUUUUUGAAUAGUUUCUUCAGUUUUUCUGCAGCAUUAGCUGCUAAAUUUGUCCUGCAUAUUCCAUCUGGAGUUCUUUGUGUUUUUUUUUAAUCGCACUCUUUUUUGUUGCAUUCAGAAUUAUGAUGUAUUCUAAUUCAGACGAAUGAAUGAUCAUAAUUUUACCCCUUUGAGGGACAA